AUGUGGGAUUCAAUGAUAGAGAAAGUGAAGAAAGUCAUAUAUCGAUAUGAGGGCAAGCAAGAAGAUGAGGAGUCAAGUCUGCAGUACUCGGUUAUUUAUGACAUAUUGAUUGCUAGGUGGACAAAAGGAAAUAAUCCACUUCAUUGUUUAGCUCAUUCACUUAAUCUAAGAUAUUAUAGCAAAAAGUGGAUUAAAGAAGGUCCUGGCCGUGAACCACCCCACAAGGAUAAAGAGCCAGCCUCAUCUUCUUGCUGUGAAAGAAACUGGAGCAUCUAUAGCUUUGUCCAUAGUGUCAAGAGAAAUGCCUUAACUCUAGAGCGUGCUGAAAAUUUGGUCUUUGUGCACUCAAAUCUGAGGCAUCUGUCAAGAAGAACUGAUGCAUACAAAACAGGAGAGACAAGGAUGUGGGAUGUAGGAGGGGAUUCUUUUGAUGCACUUGGUGGUGUUGGCAUUCUUGAAGUGGCUGAUCUGUUCCUUGAUGAACCUGAACUGCAAGCUGUGUCUUAUGGUCUGGAUGAGCUGCCGGUUGAUAUUGUGGAUGACAAUGAAACAAUUGAGGAAUAG